UCGUGGCUUGUUAAACUGAAGGUGUGACUUUUAACGCGACGGAUGAAAAGUUAGUCUCUUUACUGCACUCUCUUGACAAUAGCGCUUCGGGGUUGCGGCUGAAAGUUUUGAUUGCGCGUCUGUGGCGCAAAUAUUUGGCCUUAGAGCUAUAAUGUUAUGUUACAUUAAGGUGAAUUUGUUCUGCUGGUAGCUUGGACUGCUUAAGUUGCUCUUGAUGGUGCGGAUUGCUACCUCUGUGCUGGUUUUGGUGCAUUUCUCCAAAUCAUUCAUGUGCAUUGGCAGACAUGCCAACAGCUUUGUUUGCCUCAUGUGGUCGCACUGCUGCGUCCUGCCUCAGCUUCUGAUCUCAUUCACCUCACUAUGUAAAAACACUGAUUUUCUUACCAUUCAAAUGAGCAGCAUGAGCUACAUCCACUUGAGAAGGAAACGAGGUCACCUCCACUCUGCCACUUUGGGCUGAUUGAAAGUGCAACAAGCACCUGCAGGGCCGCGUCACAGGCCCAAACCCUAUUACUGCAGUAUGGGCAACUUUUCCAGCAAGGACGGACAUGGACCCACAGCGGCCCAUGGGGACAGUUUCCACACUCCACCUACGACUCCACAGAGCGAUGGAGCUGGUGUCAUGCCUGCUGGUCUCCAGCUUCAACCUUCCCCUACGGCCCUAGUUUCACCUCCACCUCCAUUAUCAGCCAUCACACCCGGUGGAAAGAGAUCACAGCACAGCAACCCGACCACUCCCAGCACUCCCAUUCCCCCUCCUGAGUGGAGGCCUCCUCAACCAGCAAAGAGCUCCACAGUUGGUUCUGGAGUUAGCCCAGUGCACAACAAACCAGGAAGUACUGCAGCAGCCAGAGGGCAGGCUGUUUUGGGGGGGAGUGGAAGUCCACCUACCUCGACUCCAAGGACUCCAGGCUCUCAGGGGAAGAGUGUGGCUGUCAAACCGACAAAAAGUCCUACUUUUCAGUGUAACGCCUCACCUGUGGUGGAAAGCUCUUUGAGGCUGAACUGGAGGGAAACGGACAGUGGUCUGAGUCAAUCUCUGCCAAUUCCUGAAGUGAAGGACAACCAAGGCGAAGAACUGGAGAAGCUGCUGGAGGAGUGUAGGAGCACACUGGGAAUCACUACCAGUCAGGGCGAGACCAUAAACACAGCAGAGAUACUGCAGCAUCUGCUGACAGAAAUGAAGAGUUUGAAGAGUACUUUGCAGACGGAACGUGGCGAGUGGCAGCAGUUCCAGGCUGACCUCCAGGUGGCGGUGUCAGUGGCAGACCGCCUGAGAGCUGAGGCAGAGGAAGAACUGACGGCGCUCCGAACGGCCCACAAAGACAUUGAAAGGGAGUUGGCGGCUGCCCAGCAGAGACAGAAGGAGGCCGACAUGCAGCUGGUCACCCUGAGAGGCGAGUUAAAGGAGAGCAGGCAGAGACUGGCUACUCUGACCCAGGCUCAAGAUAAAACCGAAUCCCGGGUUACGAGUCAGGAAACAGAAAGGCCCAACGGAGAAUCCAACAACCCUGACGGCAAAGAAGGAUCCCAGAGGGGCAGGGAGAGGGGGAUGUACAGACUGGGAAGAGAAGCAGUGGAAAGUAAGAGUAAGAAUGAAGUGAUGAAGACUGUUGUUGGCGAGGAGGCGAGAACAGACUGUAAAGGUGUGACUAAGCGGUAUCUGAGAAAUGUGACCAAUGAGGAGGGGAGUGCAGAGGAGGUGCCAUCCAAUGAGACACGUAGGACGUUAACUACAGAGAGGUCAAGAAGCCUUUCCAGAUUACCUGCAACCUCAGACUCCCCAACUAUGCAGAAUGGAACCCUCCAGUCGAACACUGCUGCAACAAUUGGGCCUACAAACAAGAACUUGGCGCAACUGAGAGGGCGAAAAAAUCUGGAUUGGCAAGAAACAAAGUCCAGCAAUGACACAGGAAAACGUGAGGAGUCUCUAAACAAGUACAACGCAGCUCUCACUGAAUUGCCACCCACCAAGUCCCAGGACGGUUUCAACCUGCUGCUACGUCGCCAUGGAGGCUCAAAGAGAAACUCGCUGCUCCGCUGGUGUCAGAACCGAACCCAAGGCUACAAGAAUAUUGACAUUACCAACUUCAGCAGCAGCUGGGCCGAUGGUUUGGCCUUCUGUGCCGUCUACCACACCUACCUCCCAUCACACAUCCCUUACAGCACCCUCAGUCCAGAGAACAAGAGGGAGAAUCUCAGUCUGGCCUUCAAAACAGGAGAAACUGUUGGGAUUACACAAUCUCUGACAAUAGAGGAGAUGCUGAGAGCUGGCGGUCCUGACUGGCAGAGGGUCCUGAGCUACAUGGAGAGCAUGUACCGACACUUUGAGAUGUGACUUCCGGAGGUACUGACAAGCAGUCCAAUAGCAGAUGUUUAAGGACUCUUUCAAGGAAACCAGAAGUGUUUAUAAUAAUGGCUUCCUGAAUACCACCAUUAAUGAGUGUCUGGAUGAAAUGACAUUCAAAGCUACAGUUUGUAACUGUUUGGCUUUAAAAUAAUCUUUUGCUUGACUUUAAAGUGCAAGAUGUCUUGAAAACAGCAAUAACAACGGCAAAAAGCCUGUAUAAACAAAAGAUGUAAGCACAGAUGAACAUCAGCUGGUCAUUUCCAUUCAUGUUUAAUGUGAGUUUAGGCAUGCUGGUGCAUACAAUACAAUCAUCUUAGCGCAUACUUAGUAUUUACUUGCUAAUAAGUACUCUUGUGUAGUACUGGUUGAGAAUCUGACCAACUGAGGAGGAGGAAAGCAGGACUAACAUUCCUAACACACCAAAAGUUACAUAUUGUAGCUUUCAAAAUAUACAUGAUUGACAACUUAAUAGAAAUUGUGAAUAUCUGGAUCUUUUAACCCUUUGAUGCAUAGACCACAUCAGGAGAUACCCAUUUUCCAUUGGAUUUGGGUCACUUUUGACCCAGGUUAUGCAUCAAAGGGUUAAAAGCAUUCUUUUGAGGAAGGUGUAUGUGCGAGUUGGGAUCAAAAAGUUGAGAAACUUUGCCGUUAAAAAUCAAAAAUCGUACCGGAUUUCAAUAUCGUCCCUGUUGAAGUGGUCUGCUUGUGCAGUGAUACACAGCUGUCAGCACUUCUGCAACAAUUCCAAUGCUGAAAGUCCUGUGUAAACAUCUGCGACAGAUGCUGAACCUCGUAAACUGUCAAAACGGUGACUCUUCAGCUUGAAUGUGACUUUGGGGAAGAGGACGGAGUAAAAGGGAGCCAAGUGAUCACAUACGCAGUGCAGUGGAUUAUGAGAAUGCAGUCCUGUCACAGUUUAGGUCAUUUGCGCCCAGUGUUCUCCCUCAGACACCACAGGAUGUUACAGUAGAACCCUGCUUUGACAGUCCAAAACCCUUGAAUGUUGAGUAAAACAAGAAGCAUGCUCAAGGUGAACUCCUAACUUGAUGUGCCUUGUCCGGUUUUGGAAAUUGCAAGUUCUUCUCUGGAUGGUGCAACAGAAUCCCUCCUGGUCACCACUCAUGAUCUACGACGUGGAAGCUAGGCUCGUCUGGGUGCCGAUUGAAACACAAUGCAAUGAUUUCUUUACUUCCCUGGUUUGUGGUCCGUGGAGACUUCUUAGAUGUGGACGCACCAAUGGUGACAAAAACACUUGUCUCGCUGAUUGUGAAACACUUUGAGUAUCAACAUGGCAGAAGACCACUAUUUAAGUGCAGACCAUAUAGGUUCUCAGCACCAGGCACAGUCUUGGAACUUUUUGAUUUCCCCUCAUACAAGUUGAGUUGCUGUAAAUGUCUCCACACUGGUACUUCACUGGCAGAAAGUACUGUAUUACAUCAUGUCCUUCAUGAAAUCUGAAAGCAGUCCUCAAACUGCCCAUGGUUUUUAAUCUGCCAAUACAUUUUGCCUUUUCGCCUUUAUAUGUGAUGCUUUGCAAGGAUUCUGCAUUUUUCUGGACCUUUUUAGCACUCUGUAUAUAUGCACUUUUGUCAGCACUUUGUUGGUGUAAGAAUGUAAUAGUGUACAGUACAGAUGUUCCACAACUGCUGUCGCCUUGCAGUGGUUUACAUUCAGUAGCAAGGCUGCAGUCCAGUCAGUAGUGUCUGUAGUGAUCUUUCCUCUUAGUUUUCUCACGGAAAACCCAAUGACUUUGGGACAAAAAAAGUGCCUCAGUGUUAUUGCAAGUGUGCCAGUGCUGUUUAGGUGCUCAGGGAUGUGUAUUACAGGGGUGACGUAGAGCAGAAGCAAAUACAAGCCUAUACAAGCUUGCACAUCCGGUUUCAACAUCAUCUCGCGUCACACCUGCAUCCUCGCUGAUGCACAGCUGGUAUUGUUAAGUCAAAUUUAAAACCGAGUUUGUUGCCAAAGUUUUAUUUGCCAAACAUUGGAUAAAUAUGCCUUAUGUUGUAAAAUAUGUUUAUAUGUAACUAGUUUGAAAAACUGAUGCCAAAGCAAUAAAGAGUUAAUAUGAAA